AAUAAAAAAAAAAACACUCACGCAAAAACCCUCGCCAUCUUCUCCAGCAGCGGCAGCAGCGGCGACACCAUCUUCGCCGCUGCUUUCCGCCGCGUCUCCUCCUCUCUCCACCCUGGAAUUCCUCUUCCGUCGGUGUCAAAGAUGUCUGAAGAUCAUACCAUGGAAGUUGAAGAAGAGAUCGAACAAGUCAAAAAUGGCGGAACGAAGAGCAAAAACAAGGAUAGAGAUGCUCGAAACAGUCGCACACAGUCAAGACUCGUUAAAAGAAUCUUGUUAUCUGUGACGAAGCCUUCUUACACGCUCGCAAUAGGUUCUGAGAAAGUACGAGUGAAGAAUCGAGCUAGAUUAAGGCGAAUUCUGAGCAAGCUUGUGCGGCGACAUAAUUGGGAAGAAGCAAGCGGUGUGUUGAGUGUUUUGCUGAAAGGGACUGGUAAUGAGAAGUCUCCUCCAAAGAAUCGAUCAAAGUAUUGGGUUGCAAUGGAGCUCCUCAAGCAUAAGCAAAAGGACCAUAUCAACUCAACCAAGAUCCAACAUGUUUAUGAAAUCUGGAUGAAAAGGAUCGGAUCAAUGAAAAAUCGGCCAAUGAAGGAUAGAUUCACUGUUCAAUUGGAAUUCAUCCUUUUUUGUCUUAAACAAGGGAAUGCUCAGGAUGCUCAUCAGGCUGCUAUAAGUCUCAUGCAACAAUGCGAAUUUGGAAGUGACCCAAUUUCAAAUAUGGUUGUGGGCGUAACCUUUUGUCAUCUGUGGUUGUCUGCAAUUCCAAAAGAGUUGCAGUUGAGAGAUUCAGAUGAGUCUUACACCCCUGUGCAAUCAGAGAUGUCAGGAAUGAGAUUCAACGACUCAGUUGAGAACUCUGAGGGACAUGAUGAAGUUGAUAUCCAGCAAGCUGAAACCUCUUUUCAAGCUGAUUCCUCUUUUCAAGCCAAUUCAGACACAUCUGUUGGGAAUGACAAAGAUGUUGCUCGAAAAGUUGAUGUUGAACAACAUAGAGAAGUUUCUAUGGAAUUGGAUGAUAACCUACAGAGAGAAACUACUUACGGAAAUUACCAGUCACAGGGCUUCUACAUGAAUUCUGCUGAUGAUAGUGGACAUGAAAAGUCUUUCUCUAGUCAUGGUGAUGAUAUGCAGUUUGCAUCUACUUUCAAUGCCCAUGGCUUGGAUUCAUGGUUGUUGCCAUUACAAUCGUCACAUUCAAAUAAAAAUUUGGAGGACUUCAUCUAUUCGAAUAGGGAAAUGCUAAAUGACUACUAUAAGGGAGCGGUCAAGCAUUUGCGGCUUGCUCUUUACUCAACACCUCCAGUAUAUGAGGCCUUACUUCCUUUGGUACAGAUGCUGCUGCUUGGGAAUCACAUUGAUGAGGCUAUAAAUGAGCUUGAGAAGUUUGGUCAUAAUUCAGAGGCAGCACUCCCUUUGAGAGCAAAAGCAAGUCUUUUGGACCAUUUUGAUAGUGCCAACAAUGUCAAGCUUUCAACCUGCUUUGAGGAUAUCUUGAAGAAGGAUCCAACAUGUAGCCACUCAUUGGCGAAGCUCAUGAACAUGCAUCAAAAGGGAGAUUAUAGCCCUCAACAAUUGUUAGAAAUGAUAGCUUUGCAUUUAGAUGCUACCCAUGCAGAAAGCAAUAUAUGGAAAGAGUUUGCCUCUUGUUUUUUGAAGAUUUAUGGAUGUGAAGAAGAUCGAAUGUCAGUGUGUCUGAAUGGAAAUGAAGGUGUGAACAACCUCGGCUAUUCUAUUUGUUUCAACCGGAUUCCCAAAAUUUUUACAGAUGGAAUAUCGGGAAAGGCUUGGAAAUUUCGUUGCAAAUGGUGGCUAACACGCCAUUUCAGCCACAGCAUUCUUAGGUCCGAAAUGGCAGCAGGUGACUUGGAACUCCUAACUUACAAAGCAGCCUCUGCAUCUCGUAUCUAUGGACAGGAGUUUGGUUAUGUUGUAAAUGCUUGCACAUGCUUGGAGGAGAACGAUAGGCACUUAUUCUUAUUCUUGCGAAUGCAUAUGCAGAAUUCUAUUGGAUUCUAUUCAAAUUUUGACAAACCAUAAUCAAUUUAUUUUUUAUUUUUGCAAAUGAGAAGAAAGUUCAGGUUUUUAUUUAUUUUUUAUUUUUGCGUCAUUAGGUUGUGUAUGGAUCUUGGAUUGUGGAGGGAUUGGAGAGAAAAGAAAGGGUGUGUCUGAUUAAUGAUGUUUUGUAAUUUGCUGACAUUAUUCUUAUUCUUUAAAGCAUGAAAAUAAAACUAAUAUAAUAUUUAAAAUAAAA